ACCCUCUACUUGGAAAAUGAUGACGUCAUGAGAAGGGAGAAAAAAGGCACCGCCACAAACAUGUACUUUCCUAGAUAGUAACUUUAUCCGAGCCGACGAUCUGGGCUCUCAUGUGGAUUGUAAUGUGAAUUUGCAAUGCUGCACGGAUGGAGACUUGAAUCAUAGAUGGCAUCAAGCAAAUUUGGCUAGAACUGAAAGAAGCGGAUAGAAUAAGGAGCAGGCAUAUCGGUGCGUCAUGACUUGAGACUUCCAACAAAGAUAUGACGAGCAGAUAUAAGGAGAUAAGAGAUUCACGUUAUGGUAUAAAAAGAACAUGUUUCUUUGAAUGUUUUUCUGGGUGACGUAUAUUCUCAUCAUUUCUCUACCCCACUUCUAAAAAUACCAUCUUUCAAAAUGGAAUCAUUGAAAAACACAGCCAACUACGUCAAAGACUCCGUGUCUGAGUACUCGUCAACAGCAUCAAAGGAAGCUAACAAAGAGGUCGCAAAGGACUCCAACGCCUCCUUGGGAACCCGUGCAGAAGCUGCAAAGGAUGCUUUAAGCGAAAAAAUUGAUGAGCAAAAGAACAGUGCUUCUGCUGAAAUCAAUAAAGAGAAGGCAAAAAAUUAGGUUGCCCCAUGAGUGAAAAUGUUUCAAGACCUUUUAUUACAGUACAUCCUUUGUGAAUCUCUUUAUCCUGAAUACAUAUAUAAGUAAUAUUUACUGAAAUGAGUGAGAAAAGGGACCUCGGAGCAUCCCGUCGGUACUGAGUGUCUAAUGGGAUGCCGAAGGUUGUGUGUUUAGCUGGCUCCAUUCCGGCUAAGGCCGCCACAUAUUAUCUUGAGCACCCAUUCAAUCUAAUCACUCUGUAUCUUGUGUUUAUAGAUCAAAGCUUCGUUCCCUUUCAUUCGGAUUAUAGCUAUUAUCAGCGAAGGUAGCCUUGUGCGAGACAAGCGUGGAAGCGGAAGGGGCUUGCAUAUCGCUCAAGUCU